AUGGAUACCUUGACUAAUAUAUCAAAAGAAAGAAGGAUAGAAAUACGGCGAAAUAGAAUUCAAAAAAAAUUACCCGCGCCAGAAAAAACAUCAAAAGAGACUACUUAUCCAGAAGCACAUCAAUACCAACUAGACACCCAAAACAAUGAAAAAAGUGAAAAUAAUUUUAAACAAACAUUUGAAUACAAACAAAAUGAAAGUAAUAUAAAUGACGACAACACUAGUAUAAAUAUAAUUAAUAAUGCUAAUGAAGAAAAAAAUAAAUUAUUACAUAAUGUAAUUACGGAAGUAAACACCGAAAAAAAGUCAUUUAUAGAUAAUGUACAAAAAUAUGCAAUCGAUGUAAAAGACAGCAACGAUAUAGCAUUUCAAAAAUAUAACAACGAGAUGAUAUUAGAACAUGAAGAAGUUUAUAAAUCCAAGUUUCAAAAUAAUUUUGCAGAUGUUAAAAAUUUAGCAUUAAAAGAAAAGGAAACAUACGAAAAAAAAAUUGAAAAAUAUUUUUCUUUACUAAAAUAUAAAGAUGAACAAAUCAAAAAAGUCUGCCAAAAUAAUUCUCAAAAUAUUUUAUCCCUUGUUUCUAUUAUACAAAAUCAACGAGAUGGUUACAAAAUGUACUUGGAAAACCUUCUUAACAAAACAAGAGAUGAAUUAAACUAUAAAAGGAAAAGCAUGUUGAAAGAAAACAAACAAAUUCUUGAUGACCUCAUAAGGAUUCAAAGCAUGAAUUCCACUACAUUCAUUGAUGAACUGAAUGAUAUUAAAUCUUUUAAUCAAAAAAUAAAAGAUAUACAUGAAGAAAAUAAUCUCAAAUUGAAAACAAAAAUACAACUUGAAGAAAAUUUAAAUAUGGAUAUCCAAAGCGUACUAGACGUAAACAAUAUAAUUAUGGACAAAGAAAAAAAACUUUACAACAUAAAAGUACUUCAACAAAAAAAUAACCAUAACUUCAAAAAGAUUAACUUCUAUAAACUUGAAAUAAAUAAAUUAAGAGAAUCCCUUAUAUCAGUCAAAACAUAUUACUACAACUACAAGAUAAAGUCAAAAAAAAUAGUAAACGAACUAAUAAAUCAGUAUGAAAGAAUUAAAUUUCAGUUCAUUGAAUUACAAAAGCGUCAAAAAAGUUAUGAAAAGUUUUUUCAAAAGAAGUAUGCUACUGCCUGGAAUUUACAAAAAAAUGAGGCAAAUACAUAUAUAGAAAAAUUAAUUGAUGCAAAUAAAAUAAUUUAUGAACAAAUAUUCUUCAAAGAAUUUUGUCAUACCAAUUACAAGCAUUUCUUAGAAGAAACUUCAGCAUUUCCAUUAGCAACCACUAAAGUGAAGGAUGGAAGCAAAAAAACGAGUAUAAGUGCGCAAAGUGUAACUGAUGAACAAAUCGAAAAUAUAAAAAGAUUAAUUUUGGAUGAAUGUGGUUUUCUAGUUGAUGAGAAUUUAGAUGACCACGACAAACUAAACAAACUAUUAACUUACAUAGGGGUGCAUACGGAAGAGGAUAUCGAAUUAUUAACAAAGCUAUUUUAUACAGACAAUAUCCAAAAUAAUAAAGACCAUGAAACUACUGAAAUGUUAUCUACUCCUGAAUAUGCCUUAGACAUAAUUUUCAAAUAUUACCAAGAAAAGGAAAAAGAAAAUGUUUGCCAAAUUUCGAAUAAAAAGAAGAAAUACAAAAAUAGAUUAAAUUCCUCGUUAAAGUUAAUAAUAGAAAGAAAAAAACAAGAAAAAAGGUAUUGGGAUAACCUUGCACAAAUUACACCUGAUGAUAUGAUCGAUUUGUGGAAGACAUUCCUAGUUUUUGUAGAGGAUUAUUAUCAUAUAUUAAAGGAAAGAGCAACAAUUGUUCAAAAUAUUUUUAAAGAAGAAAAAAUGAUGAAAGAUUACAUGAAAAAAAUUGACAAAAUGACGGAGCAUACACAAAACCAUAAAAAAUUUUAA